AAAAUGUGAUGACAUAUGUAAAAUGAUAUUGAAAAUUAAACGGAAGAGUGAAAAAACAUAAAUAUAAUAUCUAAUAAUAUAAUAUAAAAUAUUAUUCUUUUAAAUAUAGUUAACCAAAACACUAACCCUCGAAUUGACCGGUUAAAUCUUCAGCCACUAACUUGUCCGAGUUGACGUCUGAUUCAAUUUUCAAGACAUUGGUUUGGGAAUUUUGUAGAGUGUGAAUCUCACUGGAUUAAUCAAAAUGUAUGGAAAGAAAGGGUGCGAGUUAGUGAAAGAACUUGCAGACGGCGAACCUGGGCAGCUUGCAGCGUACAAUGCAAGAGCCCUUUCAACCUAUAUUACAAUUUGUUAUUCUGUUGCUGCAUUUGAUUUACUACUUUCAUCUGUUAUUUUUUUUAACGUUUACUGAAUGGAGAGGUGAAAUAUAUACUUUGUGAUGUGCAUCAAGAUUUUGCACAGAGGUGUUCUUAAUUUUAUGUUUUCACUUCUUGCGUCAUACUACCCUUUUGGUAGUUUCUUUUAUUCAGAUUUAGAAGACAAUUUAGAGUCAAUGUUCCUUAAUUUAGAUGUUAAAUACCUUCGAUGUUUUAUGAAUUGGGAUUUUUCCGUUCUUAUGCAGAAUGAUCUAUUUUCUCAAGUAGUUGAAGAAUGUAACAGCCAUUUCCUUCACCUACGAUCCCUGAUGAGGUAACACUUGAAGUACCCGUGCUUCUUAGGUUUUUUCAUACUGGUCCCCAGCCAUGUUGAUGUGUAUAUUUUAAUAAUAUUCUAUAUUUUGCAUGCUGCCCGUGCCUGGUAUGACUGUGAUAGACUUCAUUGCUUGACACAUAGAUACAAGUGUCCUAGAGUGCAUAUGAUAUUGUUGAGGAACUGGAAGGGGGCUGUUGCAUUCAUAAUAGCAAACACGUUUUCGAGCAGCAAGCCUUUUUUUAUUUUGUAUGGCCUUUCCAAUUGUAACUAGAUUGGAUAUUACUGGUCUUAGCUAUCCCUCCCUUCGUACGGAAAUUUACUUCCUAUUUGGGUUCACGAGGUUUGACUGAAGUUAUGUUCAAUUCAAUUUAUUUGGUUGUAAUUGUAAAAUUCAAAAAUAAAUUUUAUAUGCUGCGAGUAGUAUUUAAAAACUACAUAAAAAGUUCUUCAAGACAAGAGGUGGCAUGAUUGUAUUAUAUUAUGAAAUUAGUAGUGAAGAUAAGCAAACAUAGUGAAUAGUGAACGGGAAGAACAUUUUUUGACUGAGGGAGAUCAUAAUAUAUAUAUAUAUAUAUAUAUAUAUAUAUAUAUCUAUGGUUUUCCGAACUGCAGUUUUUCUUUGUAUUAUAUUGCUAAUGUCUUCUUCAUUCUUAGUUUCAUGUUCAUUUUAAAAUAUGGUACGACAAUUAAUCUCUCAUGUGUGCUUUUCAAAUGAAUUUUUGAAGUCUUAUCUCAAGGUCAGUUAGCUUAAAUAUCUCUUGAAAAUGGUGAAGCCAUUGUGAAUUGUGAUCAUGGUGUUUUAGGAAAUAGAGCAAUUGAAGCAACCUUGGACAUAUUCUACACUAAUGCUCAUGAACGUACUUCCUUGGACAAUUUCAUUUUUGUUACAAUUUAUUGCACUUCAGGUGUUGUGUGUAUGCUCCAUUACUUUGAAAUCUUGCUCUCUGCUUCUUAUGUUUGCUCUUACUACGGUGCACUAAAACUAUUUUACCUCUAGCUCUACUUCAUUUGAAAAUUCAAGUAGUCAACAACCAUCAGAUGAUGCUGAUUACUAUGGUUUGCUGGUUCACCACCAGUCUUUGAUCCGCAACAAACGAUGUCUCAUGGCUUAUGUAUACAACCGCUCAGAAAUUAUUCGCAGUUUGAGUUGGACCCUUGAGCCUGUACUCCCUGAACAAAUCGAGGAGAAGCUUAGCAAUUCUGAAAAGGAAUAUUUCAAGAAUCACUCUGCAACCCUACAAUCAUACAUGGCAGAACUUGAUCUGGACUUGGGUGUGGAUAUGGUGCCACCCAAAGACCCCUACAUCAAAGUGAGGGUCCUUGAUGACAUCGGUACUGUCACGCUCAGUGAUCAGUUUGCCAAUCUGGCUCUCCAUGCGAUUCUUUUUCUUAGGAGAACUGAUGCCGAGAAGUAUAUUGCACAGGGUUUAAUGGAGGAGCUCACAAGUUGAGUAGAGUUUUUUUAUCAUUGUUAAUGAUUGACAGAAAGACAUCCGUAUUAUUUAUGUAUUCAUUGUUGGAUGAGCUCAUAAGGAGGUGAUUACCAACUCUAAAUGGGUUCAACACUGUAAUGCAUUAACUAAUACAAGGCAGCAUGCCAGCAUCCCAAUAGAUUGUGGAGUAAUAUGUACCACAGGAUGGUUCUUGUGGUUGCCAUAAGCCCUGAUGAUGAACUCUCAUUUAAGAAAGACCCCAAUAUAUCAUUCGAAAAGUAGAUAUUUUGUGGGAAAAAAGAAGUAAUGAGUUAACCUGAUGACAAAUUUUGAAGAAAAGACAGACAACCAGCUGACGUUCAAAGUUGCAGAGGGAAAAAAUGUGAUGUAUUUACUAGCUGAAGAAGUUUUGUAAGAGAAAGAAAAGAGAACGUUUUUGUAUGUUUAUUUUAGUCUCCAGAUUAUAAUAUACUAAAAGAUAUUUUUACUUCAACAAUAUCACAAAUUCCGAAUCUAGACUUCUAUGU